GUUUACACGUACGAGUUAUGUCUGUCAUAAAUUCGGCCUACGUUCGAUCAAAGUAUCACUUGUUAAAAAUUUCAUUUGUACAAAGUGAGAUAUAACCCGAUCAACGAUAUAUAUUUUGAGAAAAAUGACAACUUUAAACAACAUAUUGAAAGCCAUAGAGGCUCUGAAAACAACUCAAGACUCGAACGUUGUUAUGUCAGAUUCGAGUACAAGGAAAGAUAAAUUAGCAUGUUGCGCGGCAAUAGCCGAAGGAGUAUGUUCGCAAAAUGCAAAACCAGGAACCAAGUUUCAUCAGGUUCUUACUCUUUCCAUUGAAACAUUAUUGACGUUGUGCGAUGACGAUGAAUCUGAUAUCAGAACAGUAGCCGAUGAAACUUUGAACAAGAUUAUAAGGGCCAUGACCGACGGUAAUAUCGUUAAAGUUCAGAUAGAACUUUACAACAAAAUAAAAGGAAACGGACCGGCUAGAACAUUGAGAGCCGCUCUAUGGAGAUUUGGACUUCUCAGUCAUAUGAUUCGACCUACAAGGGGGAAAGCUUACGUAUCUAAUCUGAUACCGUGCAUAGUAACUAUCGCACGACGGCCCGAGGAAGCUGUAAUAGAAACAUUGUCCCAAUCGUUGCCGCUAAUUAUGAAAGCUUUAGGGCCAUUUAUGACGGACAAUGAUGUUAAGACUUUAGCGAAAGCAUUCUUUGAAAAUGUAUGUUCGGUGGAAGCGGCAUUUCGCAGGGCUUCUGCAAAUAUGAUUCUAGCAACGUGUUUGAAUUGCAGAAAGCCACGAUACUUUUUAAAUUAUGUAUUGCGACAUCUUCUAGAUAUUAUAGUGCCGAUAAAGAAAGACGAGGGUCGCGUGGCUACUAUUAUCGGUAUAUUUGGAUGUACAAGAAUAAUUUUACCCUAUCUAUGCAAUCCUUUGGAAGUUGAAGAUAACGAGACGGAACAGAUAGAUAGCUUGUUAGAAGUUUAUGAAUUAUGUUUACAUUAUACAAAAUGGCAUUCCGAUCAUAAUGUUAUAAAUGCUGGUUUGGAAACUUUGACGCAACUUUUAAAGUCACCUCCGAAAGCUCUAGUACGUUUGUUGUUAUCGAACAAAGGUACAACGUGUAAUAGGAUAGUAGUAAAUCAAAAUGAAACAAUGUUAUCGUUAAGCGAAACGAGUACCUCUGGUGCUAUUACCGCUCCUUGUUGCGAAAAUUCGGGAUCUUGUUUAAAUUUACUUGAAUCCGAUGAUGUGGCAGACGUGAAUCCGAAAAUAGAGAAACUGAUAUUAAAGUUAGAUUCCGAUGUUGCGCGUCCUUUGGCACAGAAUUCACAAAGCCAGAAGGAAUGUUCGAGCGAUAUUAUGGAAAUGAAAGGGAAGAUAAUGGAAAAUUACAGUGGCCCGACGAUUGGAGUUAUCGACGACGACGAAGCUGUAGAAGAAGGUAGUGACGUUGGUAGCGAAAUCGUAAAAGCUUACCCAAGUUUACAAAGUGAAACGAAGGAUUUCGAUUGUUCCGAACAAGUUGCUUCAUCUAUCGUUUCUUCUAAAAAGCUUUCUUUGGAUUUCUCGUCGCGCGAAAUAGACAUUGGAACUUUUACGGAUCCUGACAUACCUUUGAAAUAUUGCUGCCGUUAUUUGGUGUCGUCUUUUCUCUUAACUGGCAAUGUUGGCCACGUAAUGCCGGACAAAUAUUUUCGUGUUAGUGUAAAAUCUCUUGCUCUAAACUGUGUUGCUUAUAUUUUAAAACUUUUCCCGGACAUGUUUUUAAUGCCUGUUGCCAAAGAAUCGAAUUUCACCGAGAACGAACAAAUGAUAACAGAUAUAUUAUUGUUUGCAAAUCAUCCAGAUCCUCAAAUUAGGGGUAAUAUAUCGAUCAUUAUCGGUACUUUUUUAAAAUCUGUAUAUACUCAAUACGGUGAAUCUUUUAAAAAUUUUCAAGCGGAGAUCGGAAAAAAGGAUAUACAUGGAAGCGUGUCGUUGGAAAAGUUAAUAACGUUACUUUUAAAGGGAUUGGAAGAUGAUUCCGCCACGACGUGUCGACAAACGCUAACAGCGUUUAGUUUGUGUUUGCCAGAGUUGUUGGAAUCCGUCGACAAUAAAUAUGGAAUCACUGUGUUAACUGCAUUACCUCAAUUAGUCAAAAACCCAUAUUUUCUGGUUAAAGUGAAAUUAGUGGAAUUAUUGAGCGAGAUAUCGUAUGUUACUAUAGAACAUAUAAUCGGUGGAUCAAUGUUCCAAGAACAUUUUAUCAAUGUUAUAAUAACGCUGUUAGGCGAUCAGGAUCAGAGAAUCAGACACGCGGCAUCGGAUGCUAUCGUAAAGAGUAUUCCUUUGUUACACUUUCAACAGCCACAAGAGGAUGUUGUGACGAGAAAAGCCGCUCAAUAUACAGAAGAAUUUUUGAGCGCCGUAAGCGGAAGCAGUUUCGAAUUGUCUUCUUGCCAAGAGAAAGAAAAGCUGUUCGUAAAGACGUGUAUAGAACCGUUUGCAUCGUUAAGUACUCGUAAUAGGAUAGAGUGUCAGCCGAAUGUGGAAUACUCGUUGUCGAUUAUAGUUAAUAUGUUGGCGGAAAUUCUUGGAGUACAAUCGUCAAAGUAUUUAGUGUACGGUUGCUGCGAAGCUCUGUUCCAUUUAACCGAUGUAUACACUACUACGGUGUACAUCAGAGGGUGGGAUUGCAUUUUACCAAAGACAUUGUUCAAGAAAUCUCGAUCCUUGUUGAAAGAAUCAAACUUUACAAGCGAUAUGAUGCCAUCGUCCGUUAGCAACGAUCUUUUAUCUUUAGCUCUACCUUUGCUAUCCUCGUCCCCUAUAAGUCUAGACUUGUCCACGCACAGACACUUGAUUCUACUAGCUGGCAAUCUGGCAUCUGGUUUGGCUUUCGGCAACUUCAAACCCAACGAUCCGUCGAAAAGUUGCGGUACAACGGUUAAAGAGAAACAAAUAGAGCUGCUGUUGACGCACGUAACCAGAGUGUUGAAUAUAUUUGUUCAUAUAAUCGAUAAAGUGCAGUUGCCGCAAACGAGCGGUAAGACGACGUUAUCGUCUUUGACGUCCACGCAAACGUUAUCCCCGAAGAGAAAAGUUGUACCUGAACACAAGUCGGGAAAGGAUAAGGGGUGCGGGGAGCGAAUCGGAGGUUUAAGAUUUGGAACGGAACAAAUGGGUUCGUUCGUCUCGGUGCCGCAUUACAUGAAAAUGUUUGAGAUUCUUAAAGCGGCGCAUAUGAAUUACUUGGUGACUCUCGAAUCGCACGCCAGCGAAAUGUAUUUGUCCCUGUUGAACGCGAUCUUGGACGUGUUAUCUCAAAUUCUUGAGAUUAUAUCGUUCAACGAGGCAGCCCAGAUCACGGAAGAGGUUUUAUUUUAUCUGCAAAGCACAGUGGUACUUUCCCCGACCGCCACUGUCCAAUGUGUUCAACAGUUAUUGAAAUGUUUGUGUAGCACGAACGUGUACGCACAGUGGAGCGGCGAAUCGGACGGACAGAAGAACACGGAUAGGGUAUCGAUUCUAUCGAGGGCCGGUAUCAAUGGAUUUUAUAAUUACUGCUUUCAAAAUCCGGCAAGGCAAAUGGCCGACACGAUCAAAUCCAUGGGGAACAAUUGUAGGGGUGAAAAUGAACCGGAUACCGGGUGGGUGGGAUUGUUGCGUAGAAAGGGAGAGAGAAAAUUUUCUUCCGUUUUUAAGAAUUUGUCGCGUUCGUCGGAUCAAAAGAAUUCCAUAGCUUCGUUUAUUCGUCUGUUCGAGCCGAUGGUCAUACAGUCUCUGAAACAAUACACGGUAACGAGUAGCGUGCCGUUACAGUGCCAAGUAUUGAUGCUGCUCAGCCAGCUUGUGCAGCUCAAGGUUAAUUAUUGUUUGCUGGAUUCCAAGAGUACGUUCAUCGGAUUCAUUCUGAAGCAAUUUGAAUCUAUCGAAGAAGGCUAUGUACAGCAGACGGAGCACCUUUUACCAAAGAUCUUCAAUUUCUUGGUGCAUUUGUCGUACGAAAAGAAUCAUUCGAAAUGUAUAAUAGGAGUGCCGAAAAUUAUUCAAUUGUGCGACGGUCUUAUGGCUAGCGAACAGCCAGCCCUUACUCAUUGCAUACCAGCCCUCGGGCCGGUGGUCGAAGACGUGUUCCUAGUACGAAACGCGAGCUCGAACUUGAUGGAACAGAGAGAAUUGGAGACAACGAGGGAGGUGUUGAUUUCGAUGCUGUUACGUCUCGUCGAGUAUUAUCAGAUCAUCGAACUUUUGGCGUUAUGCUUGACAGAGUCUAGAUUCAGCGGAGACGGUAACGGCGAAGAAAAGUGGCGUAGAUGGUCCAGGCUGACGAUGGACACUAUUCUUCCCAUGCUGGCGGCCGGAAAAGUCCAAACAGAAUCCGAGAAAGCUCAUAUCGCUCUGAUCAAACUGUUCGCGGCUAUUUCUCCUACGGUUUUUCGCCCGGUCGAUCCUCUGUUGAAAGUUCUGUUCGUUGCACCCGUUUCACUGGAGUCGUCGAGCUUGAGAUUAAAACGAUGGUUAGGAAUGGUUAACGUUGUCCUGUUGUCGUUAAUUUCGUGCGCGAAAGAGGAAGCAAUGCUGGCUCGUCUUUCCGACCUGAGCACAAACAUGACAGAGUUGUCGCAAUCGUUUCUUCUUUCCGAGUCCUCUAGUCGGACUAUGGAUCCUCUGAACGUUUUGGGGAUCCAGUCGGUCGAUAUACCAUCGGAAAGGAUAUUGGCUAGAUUUAUAUUCAAAGUUAUCAGCCGGAUAGGUUCCAAGGUGUAUAAUCUUCUUGGACUGAUCGAUCGGAAUGUUAACGAUUCGUUGGUCGGAUUCGCCGAGUCCGUGGAACACGAUCGUUAUUUGGUCUAUCAAUUCGCGUUCUUCCUACAGUUGUGCAUUCACAUGUUCGAGUCUGGAAGUCACUGUAAAGUAGCGAACGCAACCAUGCAAAUGAUUCAGGGUCGCAACGUCCCCGACGAGGAGAAGUUACCCAUCGGCGAUCUAAAUUAUUUGAUGUUGAACAUUGGAAAGAAAUGCCCGACGUUAACGUGUCAGUGGGCCUAUCUGAUGACUCUAUUGGGAUUCAAUGAAAUGAGUUUCUGGUCGAAGGUGUUGGGUACUCGUCGCACGGAGCACGUCGUGCACGCUUCGUCGACUGCUACCGAUAAAACCGAUAUCGAUCGUCCGAGUAGUAUUAAUAUACAGAUUAUUAGAAAAGGUGGUAUCGUACUGUUCUGCGACUACGUUUGCGAAAAUUUAAACGACGCGGAACCCCUAACGUGGUUGCUGGUCAACCACACGGAAGAAGCGGUGAACAACGCCAUCGAGUCUCCGGUUAGAGACUUAUUGACAGCUGCUGUACAUAGAAAUCCAUCGGCCAGUGGUUUGUUGGUACAAGCGAUCGCGACUAAAUGCACAGAUCUCUCACAACCCAGUUUCGUCAAGCGACUUUUGCAGUGUAUAGAAGGCGCCCAUCACUCCCAAAGCGGAUCAGUUUUAAUGACAUUGAUACCAACGUUACUGUCCACCAAGUAUCUUGCAUUGUCGAGAAUGGCGGGGAAAAUAGCUAGUCGAAGAGUGGAGAUUUUGCUGACCACCCCUGCCGCAGACGCGACCGUCUAUCUGUCGAAAGUGGAUUUCGUCAAGAUUAUGGACACUUUGCGGUCGACUAAACUCGCCAAGAAACACGGCGGAUUGGUCGGUUUGUUGAACAAACUCGGUGUACAGUAUUACGAUUUGUCUCCUUUGGAGUUGGAUCAAUGCAGACCGUUCAAUCCUACCACCGUGAAGAGUAUUAAAUUGGACCGUAAUUGGUUCUUGUCUCAGGUAAAGUUAAGAUGUUGUAAUCGAAACGGUGGUUACAAUCCUUCGGAAGCGGCACAGUUAUUGAAAGAACUAGAUUUCGACGACUGCCUCGGCAUACUUUCUUCCAAAGAAUUCAACGUGACGAUUCUAAAGCCUUGUAUAAUACUGGGUACUCGUGCGAGCGUCGAAAAGUGUCAGAAAGUGGAAUUCGGUGUAGCGAAUAACGACGAGAAAGACUCGUGGAGUUUCGAGGCCAGUUCGUUGUACAGGGCAGCGAGGCAAUGCCUGUUGGAACACGUUCGCUGCGUUAACGAACUGAUGCCGAAACCGCAUCAGACUUACGAUCCAGCGCGUUCCACUGUCAAUUCGAAGGAGCUCAAGUACGCGAUUAGACUCGACGAACUGUUUAACGAGGCCGUGUACCGGGACAUACUGUUCAUGUUGAUACCAGCUGUGAAAAUCUACAUGAAAACGUUGCCGAAACUGUCAAAGUACCAGUUGGCGAAAAUCGACGCAAAGUCCGAAGAAGAUCUGGCCAAGUUUGCGAUUCUAUGUUUGGAGUUGACGCACUGGAUGGUACACUUGGACGAGAACAAGGUGAGAAAAUUGAGACCGAGGGAUAUGGAGAGAGCGUUAAGCUGCGCGUCCGAGAUCUCGAAACAUCCUGGGCCGAGUAAAGUUAUCGGGGAUAGCAGAAAAUACUCGUGGGUCUGUACCGCUGCUGCUUCAUUAACGAGAAUCGUCGAGUAUCUGCUAACGACAAUUGACUCUUUGCCAGUUAUAGAUGCACGGGCUUUAGAACCAGCACUCGAGGACGAGGACACGAAAGAGUUUGGUCAAGCUUGCGUUCGAAUGGCCGGUUUGGUCGCUUGGUUAGAACACUGUCAAAAGGAAGGAUCGUACAAAAACAUACCUAGGUAUCUGUUCGAUACGAUACGAGAGUUGAUCGUGACCGUGAGUCGCCAGACAUUGGUCAAUUCUUUCAUAUUGACGCCACCGUUGGUCUGGAAGCAAAACUGGGACGUCGUUGGUUCCGGUCUAACCAAAUGCUACUUUCCGUUGUUACCUUCCGAGUCGAAUCUCCUGCUGGAAGUGGAAAUCCUCGAACAAUUUAUUUACAGAAUAAACUUGUUGGGUUGGAUCUCGCGACCGCAGUUCGAAGAAAUAUGGAUGGCUCUUUUAGGCGUUUUGAAUCUAUCGGAAAACGAGUCCAUAAUCUCCGAAGAGAUUCCCAGUUUGGUUCAAGCGAGCAGCUUGGCGGUGCAAGCGAUAACGAGAUUAUUGUUGCAGACUUUGCUUCUUCCGUAUCCUGGCAAUCCGAUAGCCAGCACUCUGAUCCAUUAUCCGAGGGAUCCUCAGCUUUCGCUUUACAAAAUUAGCUCGCAAAAGUUGUACGCGAUUCAGGAUUUGCUCGCGUGGAAGUACGAAUGCAUCAACGACUCGGACAAUCUCACUGGCCUGAACAUGGAUCACGUGUUUCAACGAGGAAACGUGGAGAAAGUUGGAAACUCGAACAAGUACACGUACAGUCAGGUGUCGGUGUCUUACCUCUGGUCCUCGUGCAACUUGUACGAGGAUAAGCUAAACGCCUCUGUUCUCGACUUGAAGAACAGGAGAAACGACGCGCUGAUGUCUUCGUCGCUCGAUUUGGAUUCCUGUCUUCGAUUCCUCGUCGAGCUCUACACUUCCUGGAUGUCUCAGCAAACCAAUACGCCCGUACAAUUGCUCACAGAGAUCGUCAAGUCUAUCCUAGCGAUUUCAGAAUUGUUCGUCGAGAGGACUCAGUACCAGUGGAUGUUGGAUACGUGCUUGGAGAUCUCGAGGAUUCAUUCUAUCGAAAAUGUUAUUUUGCAUCAAUACUUGGUGGUGUCUGUGUGCAAGGCUGCUGCCGUAUUAACACCGUUGGACAUCGAAACGUUGGAGAAAGUUAAACGAUUGGUAGAUGUCAGUCUCAAGUCGGAUUUUUUGCCUGCGAGGGUGGCCGCUCUCCAUGGCUCGUUGUACCUGUUACAAAGUGCUACGUUAACAAAUUGCGAGGAAACUAUGAACAUUAUUCAUCCUUUAGCGAUCGAGUACAUACAGAAGCAUAUUGAUGCGCAAGAUUCAAACAGUGUGCUGAGUCAAAGCGAAGAACAUCAAGGCGUGAUGUGGGCCCUGGUAUUCUUUCUGCUCGAACACGCCGAAGACACUCCACCGGACACGGAAGCACCGUCUGUGCUAGAAUUAGUCCUCGCCUUGUUGUCGUCUCAAAAUAUUUCCUCUAGCUUGCAUCAGACGCUUCUGCAGGGUCUCGAACGACUGGUAAUAACUAAAAGCGUGAUUGGAAAUGUGGCUGAGCAAAUAGUAAAAGUUGCGAUAGAUCGUUUGAAGCAGCCGAGUCCGAUGCUGUCGUUACCAGCCUUACAAUUGCUGCUGACUUGCAUGUACACGGAGGCAGCGGAUAGGCUGAAUCAGCCGGAAAUAGAAGAACCGUUGCCGGACCUAGAGCCGGAAGCACUGGUUCGAUCUAUAGAGCGCACGUCUGCAAUUUUUGACAAGAUCAGGAAAGGACAUUCGAUGGAGGUGGAGCUUCUCUGUACGGUUCUCUCGGCCGUUCUCGGAGACUUUUUCCCGCCCUCGGAAAUUCUAACUAAAGUUAUAGGGGAAUUCUUGUCGCCCCAACAACCGCAUCCGACACUACUUUCCGCCGUUGUCUUUAAAGUUUGCGAAAGAGCGUGCACUUGCGCGCAAAUGGAACUUCUUCAAGACUGGGUCGUAUUUAGUUUGCCAAAUUUCAUUCAAAGUUUGCCGGUUACGAUGUCCACGUGGUGUUUGUCUUGCUUUUUUAUCAGCGCGUCCACGAAUCAUUGGCUGAGAGCCUUAUUUCCGUAUGUUCAAUCAAGGAUCGGCAAAUACGAAUACGAAGACAAAAAGAUACUUUGUAUCGCGGCUUCUGACUUUUAUCACAAGUUGUGCAAAGAAACUCAAAAGAAAGCUUUCGUGGAAACUUUCGAAGCAGCAGCGAAGGAACCGGGAACAUCGUUCGGCGAUAUUUUAGCGUCAUUUUAGCGUAAUUUUAGCGUAAUUUCAGCUAGUUCACUUGGACGCGUGAGAUCUAAAUCAAAACGAGGAGAGGUAAUUGAUGAAAACUGAAAAUUUUCCGGCUCUUCUUGUAACUUGAUGUACAAUCAUUGCGGGGGGAGGGGGGGGGCUGCAACUAACUGUGUCGCGUGUACAGUUGUAUGUAUGUGACGAUAUUUAUUUUACAUCAUGUAUUGUC